UGCUAAAUCAAAACUCUAUAAUUUAAUAAAAUCAAAUUGUGAAUUAGUUUAAAUUUCCAAAUUAUGAAAUAUAUGGUCAAUUUCUUUUUUCUCUAUUGAACAACAAAUUGAAUUCGUUUUUUUUUUUUGUAACUUUUUCAAUUCUUUUUUAUAUGUUGAAGCCCAUUCCGAUAUUUUUUUCAGAAAUAAUAUUUUCUUUAAAUUAUUUUGGUUCUUUGAUAGUAAUUUCAGAAUUCUGCUGAUUUAAAAGUUUUUUCCAUGAAUGUACAACAUCCACUGUUAUUUCGUCUCAUGUUUCGCUAAUUAAAUCGAUACAAUUUUUUAAAUCGAAAUAAUAUAUAAAACUUUUUAAUUCCAUUAUGAUAUUGACAUAUUUAAUGGAGUAAUUUCUGUUGAAAUAAUUUUUUAAAAUUUAUAAUUAUAUUCUUAUCUAUCGAUCGAAUAAUUGAAAAUAUAUUAAAUAUAAUGGUAAGAUCAUUAAUUUGAAAUAAGAAUCUUGUUCUUUUUCUAAAAAUAUAUCAUUUUUAAAAUUAUCAACAAGUAAUAAUACUUUUGCAAUGUUUCUAUUGUUUUGCCAUAUAUUGGAUUUAAAGUGAUUGAUAUACAUCAUCAAUCAUUGAAAAUAAUUUUGUCAAUAGAAUUAUUAUUUUGAUUCUUAUAUAGUACUACGAAUGUGUGUUUUAAUAAUUGAGAAGUAACACAUUCAGUAACAAAAAGUGGCAGUAAUUUAUGCAUACUUAGAGCAUUAACACAAAAUACUACAAUAAUAUAAUCUUCGUUUUUCUCAUUUUAUAUUGAUUCUUCUUCAUUCGAUAAUAUAAUUUGUGGAAAAAUUUUCCACAUUAAAGUUGUCUCAUAUAUAUUAUAUACAUUUUCUUCAUUUAAUCAUUUUUCAUUUAGUUUUGUUAAUUUUUCUAUUGUAAAUUCAUCUGAUUCGGUUUUUUUUUCAUGAAUAUCUGAACCAUUUAAAUUAUAUCUUUUUUUAAAACGCCAUAACCAAUCACGACUAACCGUAAAAUUUGUUUUGUUUUAAAAUUUGGUUAACUACCAAAUUUUUUAUGCAAUUCUUUUGUUUUUUCUUAUAAAAGACUGUCGCUAAAAAUAUCUUCUUUCAUUUGUCUUUCCAAAAUCCAUUCAAAUAAUCGGAUAUAAUAUUAUAUAUUUUUUUGUAUCUUCAUGUAUAGAUACACGAUAUCUUUUUUUAAUCAAAUUUCUUGGAUUUUUCGAAACUUCUACAUUUUUUCGAUAUCGUUGUUGGUUCUUCUAUGAAGACCAUAUUCCAUAACAAGUUUAUCAAUUGUCAUACCUUUUUCUAAUUUCUGAAUAAUUUCUAAACGUUUUGCUACUGUAGUCACAGUAGUAUAGUAAUGUUCUUUUUGAGAAGUAGAUGCUAUUUCGACAAUUGGUUCAAUUAAUUUUCUUGUAUCUAUAAAUUGUAAAAUAUUUUUUAAUCUAGUUUAGAUAUUAGUUUAGAUAUUAAUUUGUGUCCAAAUAAUAAUGAUAUGAUUAAAAAGAUAAUAUUAUUUAUUUAUUAAUACAUAUUCAUGUAUAAUAUAUCAUCCGUCAAUUUUUUGUAAAAAAAUCUAAAUUCAUUUUAGAUUCAAAAAUCACGAGUCAGUCAUAAAUAAUUGAUACAUAAUUGAUACAUAUAUACAUAUAAUUUUGUAAUAAAUAAAUAAAUAAUUUUGUAAUAAAUUAUAUGAUUAUAAAAAAAGUUCUACAUAUGUUUAGAAAUAUAUAAUUUUAUAUCAAAAUCUUCUUUCAUUUAUUAAAUUUUAAUAUUUAAAAUUGCAUCUACACAUUUGUAUCAUAAAUUUAAUGAUUAUAUAAUUUUAAUUAUUUUUCUAAAUCUAUUUUAUAAUAUAAUAAAAUAUUUAGUUUAUAUUAAAUUUCAAAUUGAUUUUAAACUAAUUUUUUAAAGCUAAUAACAUAAGUUUAAAAUACUAUCUUAUAUAUAUAUAUAUUAUCAUAAUAUUUCACUUUAUUAGUCUUACUUUAUUAUUAUUAUUUCACAAAUUUACAAGCAAGUUGGAGAUAGAUAACAAUAAAUAAUUCCUGGAAUACAUAAGUACAUCGAAUGUGACAGCUAAGGGAGCACCACUUUAGUUAUAAUUCAUUAUAUAUACAAUUACAUUCUUAUUUACAAUUCAGACACAUUCCUCAUACAAGAUAUACAUUUAACAUACAUUUAUUUCAAUGAAGAAGUUUACUAAUUCAUCAACAGAAUAUAUUGAAAAAUAUAAAAAUGUGCAAAAAGAAACAGUUGUUACAAUUGCAAAGCCUUCAUCAAAUAUCAUUAGUUUAAAAGAAUUGGCAGAUGAUACAUGGUUGUGGAAAAAAAGUCAAAAGGACUAUACUAAAACACUUAAAAAAUGUAAGAUCAAAAAAAUAAAAAAGAAUAAGAUAUUAGCAGAAGAAAAGAUAUUUCAAAUAAUUGAAGCCGAAAUUCCAAAAUCUGUGGAAGAACGAAUAGAAGAAAUAUUAAAAGAAAUUAAAAAGAAAAAAAUGGAAUUUGUAGAAGAAUAUCGAAUCGAUGAACCAAUACAUUUUAAAAACUAUUGUAUUAGUGAUAGUGAUUUAGAUUAUUAUGAUAAUAUUCAUUUUGUAGAAGCAAGAAAAUAUAUUACCGGUAGAUUACGAAAAUUAGCAAAAUUUGAUAAUUUAAUGACUGAUUUAGAAAUAGAAAUUAUUGAUACUUAUAAACAAUUUCUUAUAAAAUCUAUACAAGAAGAUUAUCCAAUAGUCAUACGAGCACCUGUUCCGUGGCAUCAAUCUAAAGUGAUGGCAAGUCAUUUAAUGUAUUAUAAUUUAUUUAUUGGAAAUGAAAUAUUGAGAAAUGUUCAAAAUUUAUAUUUUAUCAAAUAUUAUGAAUUAACGAUAGUAGAUCUUCAAGAUCUGGGAACUUUUCCUAUUCCAGCAAAUGAAAUAUUACCGAAAAUAAGUUUAUUAUGUGAUAAAACUACAGAUUAUCUCAUUAGAUAUUGGUUAGCCGAUGUUGCUGAACUUUUUUUAGAAAAAAAAUACGCUUGGUCUUGUUUUUUUGAAAAACAUUAUAAUGCAUCUACAGUAUUGAUAGAAAAAUAUUUUAGAAGUGUAAAUUCUCUUUUAUCUAUACAAUUACGAAUGAUGAUAAUGAAAACAUUAAAUAAUAUUAGAGAUUUUUUCAUGGAAUAUAAAAGUGGAAAUUAUUUUGAGGGUGAUUACAAAGAUCUUAUGUUUUACAAAAUUCCUUUUAUAACAAUAUCAGUAGUACCAAAACUUGGUACUUUUUUAUUAAACUGUAAACCGAGUGUUUUAGAAGUACUUGUAAUAAUAUCACAUUGUUUUGAUAAAAUUUUAAAUGUUGGAACAUUGAUUCCAAAAAUUGAAAGUAUUUUAUUUCCUGAAUUGGGAAAAAAGGAAUUUUUAUUCUCCGUAUCACGAUAUGAAGAAUCGGUUUUAAAAAUAAUUACUGAUGUACUAGAUGUUAUUACUGCUCAUAUUAGCGGUCCUGACAUUUAUCUAAAAUGUUAUAAAAAUUUAUUAUAUUUAGUUGCUGGUCAUGCUAAAAUGGCUUUAGAUAAUUUUUUUAUGAUCGAACCCAUUCCAUAUCUACAUGAAUUUGAACAAAAAAUAAAAGGAUACGAUGAACUUAGACAAGAAAUUUGUAUUUUUCGAAACAAGAUUCCUUUGAACAUGAUAGAGAUUGACUGUAUCAUCGUAAAUGAUACUUUAAGACAAAUUCUUUACGAUCUUCGUAUGCAAAUCUGUGAUUACUUUGCAAAUGAAUUACGAUCCAAUAAUCGUGAAUUGUGUUCCGCUUUUGAUGUAAUAGCGGAAAAUAUUUCACAAAUGCCUGAAAAAACAAGAGAUGUCGUUGAGUUGUACAAUUAUUUGUGCGAAAGUCGAGAUACAACCAUGUUCAAUUUGAAAAGAAAAUUAUUACGUUCCAUAGAAUUAAUAUUAUUCCUUUUUGAUUAUCAUCCACUCACGGAUGAUGAUAUUUAUUUGAAUUCCCGAACUAUCACAUGGCCGAAAGAGAUGGAUAUCGUAAUGGAAUUAGCGAGUACGAGAUUAACUAUGAGAAAGGAUUAUCUGGAAGAAGUGUUGCGUAUAAGGCGGGAUAAUUUUGAUCAAAAAAUACGCGAGAUGCAAUUGGCGAUUGACCAAUUUAAAAGAAAGGAUCCGCCUGUAUUGACUAUAGAUGAAAUGGAAAUCGCAGUGGAAGAAGUUGAACGUCUUUCCAAAGGAAUGGAAGAAAUUAGGAAGGAAGUUGAAGAGAUCAACGAAGAGGAAGGGCUUUUAGAUAUGGAAUUAAGUCCAUAUUUGGUAAUUCCAAUAAUGUCAAUGUUAGUUAAUGCACUCGAUACUCUUUGGCACAUUGCAUUAAAUUUUCACAAGAACUACGAUCAAUGGUUCUAUGGACCAUUUUUCAAUCUCGACGCGGAUGACAUUAAAGACGAAGUUGACAACAUUUGGCGCAUAUUAUAUAAAUUGAUUCGUGUUCUUGCUGAUAUUCCCGGUGCACGAAAAAUUGCCGAAAUGGUCCGUGCAAAAGUGGAUAAAUUCAAGCAAUUUAUCCCACUUUUGCAAAUUAUAUGUACUCCUGGGUUACAAGAUCGACAUUGGAAUUUAAUAAGUCAAAUAAUACAUGUAGAUAUAAUAUUGACAGCUACGAGCAGUCUUUCGGACAUGGUAGACUUGGGAUUGUUACUUCAUAUAGCUAAACUUGAAGAAAUAGCUUCAGCUGCUAUCAAAGAGUAUACACUUCAACAAAGUUUGAAAAAGAUGAAGGAAGAAUGGGCAGAAAUUGAAUUUAAAUUUGUACCGUAUCGUGAAACUGGUGUUUUUAUAUUAACUGCUAUUGAUGAUAUUCAUCAAUUAUUGGACGAUCAUAUUUUGAAAGCUCAAACUAUGAGAAGUUCCCCCUUCAUAAAAGCUUUCGAAGAGGAAAUGCAAGUUUGGGAAAAUAAAUUGUUGUUGAUGCAAGACAUUAUCGAUCAAUGGUUGACGUGUCAAGCAACUUGGAUGUACUUAGAGCCUAUAUUUAGCAGUGAAGAUAUUGUACGCCAAAUGCCGACGGAAUCUAAGAAUUUUCGUAGAAUGGAUAAGAUUUGGCGUAAAAUUACAGCGUACGCUUACGAACAUACUUAUGUACUGAAAGUUACCGAUAUGCCAAAUAUAUUACAAGAAUUAACAUUAUGCAAUUCAUUAUUGGACGAGAUACAGAAAGGUUUGAAUGAAUAUCUCGAGAAGAAACGUUUAUUCUUUCCAAGAUUUUUCUUCCUAUCGAACGAUGAACUUUUGGAGAUAUUGUCUGAGACUAAAGAUCCUCAGAGAGUGCAGCCUCAUUUGAGGAAAUGUUUCGAAGGUAUUAGUAAAUUACGAUUCACCAAAGAUGAAGAAAUUAUUGGAAUGUUAUCGGCUGAGGAUGAAUAUGUCCCUCUUAGUGGAAAGAUUUAUCCAGCAGAUGCUAAAGGCAUGGUCGAGAGAUGGUUGUGUCAAGUCGAAGAACAAAUGAUAGCCUCUCUUCGAGAUAUUGCCGAGGAAAGUAUCAUCGCGUAUUUCGAUACUGCUAGAGAGGAAUGGAUAUUCGGUUGGCCUGGUCAAAUUGUCAUUUGUUGCAGUCAAAUACAUUGGACUAGCGAAGUUUGCGAAUCAUUCGAAAAUCGUACUACCGAGGAAUAUUUGGAGCAAUGCAAUCAUCAAAUUGAGAAAACAGUUACUAUAGUUAGAGGUAGACUGGACGCGGGCUCGAGGAUAACGAUAAACGCUUUAAUCGUGAUAGAUGUUCAUGCACGAGAUGUAGUGCAUCUGCUCAUUCAAAAAAAAGUAAACAACAUUAUGGAUUUUGAUUGGAUAUCACAGUUAAGAUAUUAUUGGGUAGAAGACAGCAUCAUCGUUUCGAUGAUUACAACCACAGUAGAGUAUGCGUUUGAAUAUCUUGGAAACACAUCAAGACUGGUGAUAACGCCAUUAACCGAUCGAUGUUACAGAACUUUAAUGAGUGCUUUAAAAUUAAAUCUAGGCGGUUCGCCCGAAGGCCCGGCAGGAACCGGUAAAACAGAAACGGCAAAAGAUCUCGCUAAAGCCGUUGCUAAGCAAUGUGUUGUUUUUAAUUGUUCCGAGGGGCUUGAUUUUCAAGCAAUGGGUAAAUUUUUUAAGGGACUCGCACAAUCGGGAGCGUGGUCCUGUUUCGAUGAAUUUAAUAGAAUAGACUUGGAAGUUCUGUCGGUAAUUGCUCAACAAAUUUUAACCAUUCAGAUGGCUAUAAGUGCAAAAUUGGAGAAAUUUGUAUUCGAAGGUACGGAAUUAAAGCUAAACCCUACCUGUUACGUUAUCAUAACGAUGAAUCCCGGUUAUGCCGGCCGUCAAGAACUGCCUGACAAUUUAAAAGUUCUUUUCCGCACAGUUGCGAUGAUGGUCCCAGAUUACGCUAUGAUAGGAGAGAUCACCUUGUACUCUUUUGGUUUUAUAGAUGCAAAAAAUCUGGCAGAGAAGAUUGUUCACACGUACAAAUUAUGCUCUGAACAAUUAAGUUCGCAAAAUCAUUACGAUUAUGGUAUGCGAGCUGUGAAGACUGUGCUUAUCGCGGCUGGAAACUUAAAGUUAAAGUACCCGCUGCAAAAUGAGUCUAUUUUGGUUCUUCAAGCGAUUAUCGACGUCAAUCUACCGAAAUUUUUGGCCCAAGAUAUUCCUUUGUUCAACGGAAUAUACACGGAUCUAUUUCCGGAUACCAUUUUACCACCUCCGCAUCGUGAAGAAUUAAUAGAGAUAAUUUUAAUUAUUUUAAACAAACGUAACCUUCAGCCCACGCCUUGGUAUAUAGAAAAAAUACUUCAAAUUUACGAGAUGCUAUUGGUACGUCAUGGCUUGAUGAUCGUAGGCCACACAUUAAGCGGAAAGACGCAAGCAUAUCAAGUUUUAGCCGAAUCGUUGGGCGAAUUAUCCGGUAGAAGGCGCGUUACUAUGAGAGAAUUUCCAACGAUUUACAAGAUAAUUAAUCCAAAAUCCAUUACUUUGGAUCAGCUUUAUGGCAGUUUUGAUCCGAUAUCGCACGAGUGGAGUGAUGGUGUUUUAGCCAAUAUUUUUAGAGAGUUUGCUCAAUCUAUAACGGUAGACCGGAAGUGGAUAGUUUUCGAUGGUCCCGUUGAUGCUGUAUGGAUCGAAAGUAUGAAUACAGUUCUCGAUGACAACAGGAAACUUUGUUUGAUGUCCGGAGAGAUUAUUCAAAUGUCACUUAAGAUGAAUAUGAUGUUUGAACCAGCUGAUUUGGAGCAUGCCUCGCCAGCUACCGUAAGCAGAUGCGGCAUGAUUUACAUGGAACCAUCCGAGCUUGGCUGGCAUGCCCUAUUUAAUUCGUAUAAAACAUAUCUUAGGAAUAAGUUACUUAUCGAACAGUACGAAUUGAUUGUAGAAUUGAUCGAGUGGUUAACCAAACCAGUCCUAUUUUUUAUACAUUUAUAUUGCAAAAUAUUUGUAGAGGUGUCAGAACUUCAUAUGUUUCUGUCUUUUACAAAACUUUUCACCGCAAUGUUGGAUGGAGAAGUACAAGUUAGUACAGUUUGGCUUCAAUGCGUUUUAUUAUUCAGCUUGGUUUGGGGAAUGUGUUCAACAUUAACAAGCGAUAGUAGAAAAAUGUUCGACGUUUAUUUAAGAAAAUUAUUACUUGGAAACGACGAAGAACAUCCUAAACCAAAAGCGUUUAAAUUAACGAAACAACAGAUCUUUCCUGACAAAGGAACCGUUUACGAUUGGAUAUAUGAUAAAAGAAAUAAUGGAACCUGGAUACCGUGGAUGGACACGAUAUUACAGGAGUCUUUGUUACCAGAUGUGAAAUCUGAAUUAAUCGUACCCACAAGCGAGGUAGUGAUCCAAUAUUUCUUCAUGAAAAAUCUUCUCCAUAGAUCAAUACCUAUUUUAUUUGUUGGACCAACUGGCACCGGGAAAUCCGUAAUUGUAUUAAAUUAUUUAGAAUUUCUACCCAGAGAUAAAUACAUUGAAAAUAUUAUAAAUUUGAGUGCUCGUACAACUGCAAAUCAAACUCAAGAGAUAGUAAUGUCAAAAUUAGACCGUAGAAGAAAGGGUGUGUACGGGCCGCAAAUGGGGAAGAAAUGCGUUUUGUUCGUCGAUGAUCUAAGUAUGCCAAUGAAAGAAAUAUAUGGGGCUCAGCCACCGAUCGAGCUCAUUCGCCAAUGGAUAGAUCAUGGCCAUUGGUACAAUCUAAAAGAUACAACGACGUUGUAUUUAGUGGACAUGUUUUUGAUUUCUGCCAUGCUACCACCUGGAGGAGGUUCGAACGUAGUCACGCCUCGAUUACUUCGACAUAUGCAAAUAAUUGGUAUCGAUUUUUUCGAAGAGGUGACAAUGAGCAAAAUAUUCUUUUCGAUUCUCGAGUCACAUUUCUCGAAAGGAUUUUUACCCGAAGUCUCAAGAUUGGGGAGAAUGAUUGUGAGUGCGACAAUGGACAUAUAUCUUGGCGCGAUACGAACGUUUCUACCAACCCCGGCAAAGAGUCAUUAUACUUUUAAUUUGCGGGAUUUUAGCCGCGUUAUCAAGGGUAUACUUUUGGUACCAGGCCCUAGAAUAAAGGAUCCGGAUAAAUUGAUUAGACUUUGGGUCCACGAAAUAUACAGGGUUUUUCAUGAUAGACUAAUAGAUUCGGCCGAUCGGGAAAAAUUGUUCACAAUGGUUCACUUUACUUGUUACGAUCAGUUGCGUCAACCGUUGGCAAAAGUACUCAGUAGACUGUUAAAAAAAGAAGAGAAAGAUGUUAAAAGUUCCCACAUACAAGAUCUGUUGUUCGGUAAUUACAUAGAUCCUGACGCUGUUCCCAAACUGUACGACGAGGUGGAAGACUUGUACGAUUUGCAACAAAAAAUGGAAUAUUAUUUAACGGAAUACAACAUGCUUUCUAAAACGCCAAUGCCGUUGGUUUUAUUCAGAUACGCUAUUGACCACGUUUCUCGAGUUUCUCGAAUAUUGCAGCAAGAAAAUGGCCAUGCUCUUCUAAUAGGAAUAGGUGGAUCGGGCAGAAGUUCUUGCGCUAAAUUAGCGACUUAUAUGAGCGAAUACGUGUUGUAUAAUAUAGAAAUUACCACGACUUACGAAUUUUCGGAAUGGAGAGAAGACGUGAAGAAUUUGUUGUUACGCGUGGGAUGCGAUGGAAAAUCUACCUCUUUCCUUUUCGGCGACCAUCAAAUCAAAGACGAAUUGUUCGUCGAAGAUAUAAAUAUGAUUUUAAACACGUCCGACGUGCCGAAUUUAUACGAUACCGAGGAAAAAGCUGAAAUUUUGGAUAAAAUGUCGACCAUAAUGCACGCUAUAGGAGGGAGAAAAGUCGAAGUCACUCCUAUGAUCCUUUAUAACUUAUUUCUCGAAAGGAUAAAGAAAUGCCUCCACUUGAUCUUAACAAUGUCUCCGAUAGGAGAUAAAUUUCGGAAUCGUUUGAGAAUGUUCCCUUCGCUGAUAAAUUGCUGCACCAUCGAUUGGUUUACCAUUUGGCCCGAGGAUGCCCUGGAAAAGGUAGCACGAGUUUCGUUACAAAAUAUCGAUAUUGGUAUGGAUUUACGAGAAAAAUGCGUUAGUAUGUCUCAAAAGUUCCAUACAAGUAUCUCGUUGGCUAGCGAAGAUUACUUUAACACGCAAGGUAGAAGGUAUUACGUAACACCGACGAGUUUCUUACAGCUUAUCAAAUCGUUUUGUCAGUUGUACGAUCGGAAAAUAGAAGAGAUCACCGCGCAACAAAGGCGGUACGAGAUGGGAUUGGAAAGGUUGGAUUUCGCAGCGAAGGAAAUAGCAUUAAUGAAGGAAGAACUUCAAGCGUUGCAGCCAAAAUUACUAGCGCAGUCGGAAUUGAGCAACCAGCUCAUGAUUAAAAUCGAACAGGACACUAUCAACAUCGAGGCGAGAAAAGAAGUCGUAGCCGCCGAGGAAGCUUUGGCGAACGAGGCUGCUGCCGCUGCGCAAGCUAUAAAAGACGAUUGCGAAAGCGAUUUGGCCGAAGCAACGCCCGCAUUGGAGGCUGCAUUGGCCGCGCUGGAUACUUUGAAACCAGCGGAUAUCAGUAUCGUACGAGCUAUGAAAGCUCCACCGGCAGGUGUAAGAUUGGUAAUGGAAGCUAUUUGCGUUUUAAAAGGGGUUAAACCUGAAAAAGUUACUGACCCGGCGACCGGCAAAGUUGUGGAAGAUUACUGGCCAGCUUCCAUAAGGAUAUUGGGCGACUUGAAGUUUCUCGACAGCUUGAAGAACUUCGACAAAGAUAAUAUACCACCGGCGUAUAUGAAAAUAAUUCGCGAGAAAUUUAUAAACGACAGAAGUUUUCAACCGGAGGCUAUCAAGAAAGUUUCGACAGCUUGCGAGGGUCUUUGCAAAUGGGUGCGAGCGAUCGAGGUUUACGAUCGGGUGAUUAAAGUCGUUAAGCCGAAACAAGUGAUGCUGGCAGAGGCUGAAGCUGCUCUUGCUAAACAAAUGGAAGCUUUGAACGCUAAAAGAGCCUUGCUUCUGGAAGUUACUCAGAAGUUGCAAGCGUUGAACGAUGAAUUUGUCGAAUGCAUGAAAGAAAAAAAGAAGCUCGAGGAUCAAAUUGAUUACUGCAUGAAAAAGUUGGAAAGGGCUGAAAAAUUGUUAGGCGGUUUAAGCGGAGAGAAACAGAGAUGGCAAGAAACAGCUAUUAUGCUAGGCGCAAGUCUGUAUAACGUCAUUGGAGAUGUUUUGUUAUCGUCGGGUGUGAUUGCUUAUUUCGGAGCUUUCACUAUAGAAUAUCGAAAUAAAUUAAUCGAGGAAUGGCAUAAAUCUUGCGUGGAAAUGAAAAUCCCGUGCAGAGACAAGUUCAAUUUAGUCGAUAUUUUGGGUAAAUCGGUGGAGAUCAGAGCGUGGAUAAUUUUUGGUUUGCCAGCGGAUCAUUUUUCCGUGGAGAACGCUAUAAUCGUGAAAAACGCGGAUCGAUGGCCGCUUAUGAUCGAUCCGCAAAACCAAGCAAAUAAAUGGGUAAAAAAUAUGGAGAAAGAAAAUAAUUUGAUGGUGAUUAAACUGUCUGAUCCAAACUACGUGAAAAUAGUAGACACCGCUAUACAGAUUGGCAUACCUGUUUUGUUGGAAAAUAUUUUUGAAGAGAUAGACGCGAUAUUAGAACCUGUGCUUCUCAAAAACAUUUAUAAAGAACGUGGUGUUUUAUAUAUAAAAUUUGGAGAACAUGUUAUCGAAUAUGAUCCUAAUUUCCGAUUUUAUAUUACAACGCGUUUAAGAAAUCCACAUUAUUUGCCGGAAAUAGUUGUGAAAGUUACGUUGUUAAAUUUUAUGAUUACACCUCAAGGACUUAAGGAUCAAUUGUUAGGUAUCGUCGUAGCCAGAGAAUUGCCUAUUCUCGAAGAACGAAAGAACCAAUUAAUCGUGGAGGAAGCAAAUAACAAAAGAAUAUUGGAGGAAAUAGAGAAUAAAAUUUUAGAAGUUUUGUCUGUAUCGGAAGGCAAUAUUCUGGAGGAUGAAACGGCUAUUACGAUCUUGUCAACUUCGAAGAGACUGGCGGAAGAGAUCGAAGCUAAGCAAAAAAUAGCUGCCAAUACGGCAUUAGAAAUUGAUUUCGCUCGUGGUAAAUAUAAACCCGCUUCUGAGCAUGGCUCUGUUUUAUUUUUUUGUAUUUCCGAAUUGGCGAAUAUCGAUCCUAUGUACCAGUACUCUUUACCGUGGUUCAUUCACUUGUAUGAAAUGUCGAUAGCUAAAAGUGAACAUAGCGAUGAUCUCGAGAUCCGAAUAAAAAGCUUAAAUACGUAUUUUACAGCUAGUAUUUACAGAAACGUGUGUCGUUCUUUAUUCGAAAAGGAUAAAUUGAUAUUUUCUUUCGUUUUAUGUAUCGGUCUUUUACGCGCUGAUAAUAAACUCGAAGAAGAUCUUUGCACAUUUUUAUUAGCGGGUGAUGUAAUUCUGGAUAAUCCUUAUCCUAAUCCUGAUCCUUCUUGGUUAAGCGAUAAAUCUUGGGCCGAUGUAGUUAGAGCUACAAAUUUGCCUAACGUUGAAAAAUUAAAAGAAUCUUUCGAGAAGCAAACAUCGAAAUGGAAACUUUAUUUCGACUCGGUUAAUCCCCAAGAGGAGAUUAUGCCAUAUCCGUAUCAGGAUGAGACCGAGACUUUGAGAAAAUUGGUCAUACUUAAAUGCGUAAGGCCAGAUAAAAUUGUGGUCGCUGUGCGAAUGUUUGUCGCGCAUAAUAUGGAUCGUUCUUUCAUAGAACCCCCACCUUUUAAUCUUCAAGCAUGUUACAACGAUUCUACCAACGUGACCCCUCUUAUUUUUAUUCUUUCUCCUGGAUCUGAUCCAAUGGCGAGUUUAAUCAAAUUUGCAGAAGAUUAUGGGAUAUCAAAAGAGCAUUUAAUGACUAUAUCAUUGGGCCAAGGUCAGGGUCCUAUAGCUGUAAAUAUGAUAAAUAAAGGGAUACAAACCGGAGAAUGGGUAGUUCUUCAAAAUUGUCACUUGGCAAUUUCUUGGAUGAAAGAAUUGGACGCAAUUUGCGAUGAAGUUAUUACACCAGAGAAUACGCAUAAUAAAUUUCGAUUAUGGUUAACCAGCUAUCCAUCGAAGGAUUUUCCAAUUUCUAUUUUGCAAAAUGCAGUCAAAAUGACUAACGAACCACCAAAAGGAUUGAAGAGUAAUUUAUUGAGGAGUUAUAUGAACGAUCCAAUAUCGGAUACAGUUUUCUUUAAUCUUUGUACUAAAAUAACUCAUUGGAGGAGCUUACUUUUUGCUCUAUGCGUUUUUCACGCAGUUAUUCAAGAAAGACGUAAUUUUGGACCAUUGGGUUGGAACAUUCCUUAUGAAUUCAAUGAAUCAGAUCUUCGUAUUAGUAUUUUACAAUUGCAACUAUUUUUAGACGAUUAUGAAGAUGUACCAUUUGACGCACUUCUUUAUUUAACUGGUGAAUGCAAUUACGGUGGUCGUGUGACUGAUGAUAAAGAUAGACGUUUGUUAAAUACGUUAUUGCGAGAAUAUUACAAUGAGGAAGUUCUUAUCAAUCCACAAUAUUGUUUUUCACCAAGUUGUAUAUACCGUUUACCAGAAAAUACUGAUCAUCACGGAUGUUUAGAUUAUAUUAGUAAUCUACCUAUUACUCAACAACCAGAAGUAUUUGGUUUACAUGAAAAUGCAGAUAUAACAAAAGAUAAUCACGAAUCAUUGCAAUUACUUAGAGGAGCUUUGUUGACACAACCGCAUAUUAUUGGUGUGGGAGUUGAAAGAGAUAUCGACGAAAUGGUUUAUAAUUUAUGCGAUGAUAUUUCAUCGAAAUUAAAGAUAAAAUUUGAUAUUAUAGCAGUAGCUAAAAAAUAUCCAGUACUUUAUAUAAAUAGUAUGAACACGGUUCUGCGUCAAGAACUUAUUAAAUUCAAUCAUCUUGUUGAUACGAUUAAAAUAACAUUAGCUGAUGUACAAAAAGCCAUUAAAGGAUUAACUUUGAUGUCCUUUGAAUUAGAAGAAAUUUUUUCGAGUAUGAGUAUCGGUAAAGUGCCGCUUACUUGGAAUAAAGUGUCUUAUCCUUCUCUAAAACCGUUAGGAAGUUAUAUCAAUGAUUUAAUAGACAGAUUAAACUUUUUUCAAAAUUGGAUUGAUUAUGAUGCACCAAUUGUAUUUUGGAUAUCUGGAUUUUUUUUCACGCAAUCUUUUCUUACGGGUGCUUUACAAAAUUAUGCCCGCAGACAUAAAAUUCCAAUUGAUAAAUUAGAUUUUGAAUUUGAAGUAACCGAGUUUGAGACUGAUAUCGACAUAGCACCAUCUUAUGGCGUUUACAUAAAAGGUCUAUAUAUGGAAGGAGCAAGAUGGAAUAGAGAGAUAAAAGAAAUCGAUGAAUCUAAACCGAAAGUAAUGUUUGAUCUUCUUCCUAUAAUAUGGUUGAAACCUGGUAUAAAAGCUGAAUUUAUUAUUGAAUUCAUGUAUCAUUGUCCUGUAUAUAAAACAAGUGAAAGGCGUGGUGUUUUAGCUACUACUGGUCAUUCUUCUAAUUUUGUACUAUAUAUUUUGCUCCCGACGAAAGUCAAAGAAUCUCAUUGGAUUAAAAGAGGAGUAGCUUGCUUAUGUCAAUUAGACGAUUGAAUUAUCAAGAAAAAAAAACAUAAUUUACAAUCAAUUUUAUCGAUAUAUAUGUCAAAAUAAUAUUAAAUUAAAAAAUUAUACAUAUAGAAAGAUAUAUAAUAUAAAAAAAUAUUUUUGUUUUAAUUAUUUUUCUAAAAUUGAUCUGCUAUUUUAUAUAUUUAUAAAUAUUUUAUAUGAUUCUUUUAUCUCUUUUUAUAUCCGAUGGAUAUAUGAUAUAAUAAUGUACUAACACAGUUUAUUUGAAAUAAAAAAUUUAUACACUGUUUCUCAAAUGGAUUAUAAAAUAAAUAUAAGGAUAAAUGUCAUAAGAAUAAAAUAUAUUCAUGCAACAUAUAUAUUUUCAAUAGAUAUUAUUAAAUAUAAUCUGUAUAUAUAUAUAUUAUUGUUAUUAUAUAAAAAUUUUUAAGUUUUAAUGUGUUUCUUAUCGAACAUAUUAAAUCAGAUAAAUAAUUUUUUCAAAGUAAUUUAAUCUUCAAGAUAUGUAACUCCAAUCUGUUUUCGAAUCUCAUCUUCUAAUUGUGCAAUUAAUAAAGAGAGAUUAUGUGGUAC